GAAAUCCCAUCUCACAGGGAAGCCCCCGCCCCGAGGCACGGGCGCAUGCGCGGGUCGGCCACCCGCUGGAGCCGCGGGUACGCCGCUCUGGCCCGCGUGGUGCAGUCGUCCGCGUCUCGCUGAUGAUGACGCACGUCCGGGGCGGUGGGGAAGGCAAGAUGGCGGCGCCCAUGGAGGUGGCCGUGUGUACGGAUUCGGCAGCCCCGAUGUGGAGCUGCAUCGUGUGGGAACUGCACUCGGGCGCCAACCUGCUCACCUACCGCGGCGGCCAGGCGGGACCCCACGGCCUGGCGCUGCUUAAUGGCGAGUAUCUGCUGGCGGCGCAGCUGGGCAAGAACUACAUCAGCGCCUGGGAGCUGCAGCGGAAGGACCAGCUCCAGCAGAAGAUCAUGUGCCCUGGGCCUGUCACCUGUUUGACCGCGUCACCCAACGGUCUCUACGUCCUGGCAGGAGUUGCAGAAAGCAUCCACCUGUGGGAGGUCUCCACCGGGAACCUUCUGGUCAUCCUGAGUCGACAUUACCAGGGCGUCUCCUGCCUGCAGUUCACAGGGGACAGCAGCCACUUCAUCUCAGGGGGCAAGGACUGCCUGGUACUGGCUUGGAGCCUCUGCAGCGUGCUGCAGGCCGACCCCUCCAGGAUCCCGGCGCCCCGGCACGUCUGGUCUCACCACACGCUCCCCAUCACGGACCUGCACUGCGGCUUUGGGGGCCCCCUGGCCCGGGUGGCCACCUCCUCACUGGACCAGACGGUGAAGCUGUGGGAGGUCUCCUCGGGGGAGCUGCUCCUCUCCGUCCUCUUUGAUGUGUCCAUCAUGGCGGUGACUAUGGACCUGGCUGAGCACCACAUGUUCUGCGGCGGCAGCGAGGGCUCCAUCUUCCAGGUCGAUCUCUUCACCUGGCCCGGACAGAGGGAGAGGAACUUCCAGCCAGAGCAGGACGCCGGGAAGGUCUUCAAAGGGCACAGGAACCAGGUGACCUGCCUGUCGGUGUCUACUGACGGCAGCGUGCUGCUCUCGGGCUCCCACGACGAGACCGUGCGCCUCUGGGAUGUGCAAAGCAAGCAGUGCAUCCGGACGUUGGCCCUCAAAGGCCCAGUCACCAACGCCACCAUCCUACUGGCGCCCGUCAGCAUGCUGAGCUCAGACUUCAGGCCCAGCCUGCCGCUGCCCCACUUCAACAAGCACCUGCUGGGCGCCGAGCACGGGGACGAGCCGCGCCACGGGGGCCUCACCCUGCGCCUGGGCCUCCACCAGCAGGGUUCUGAGCCCAGCUACCUGGACCGCACGGAGCAGCUGCAGGCCGUCCUGUGCAGCACCAUGGAGAAGAGCGUGCUUGGUGGCCAGGACCAGCUGCGGAGUCCGCGUCAGGAGCUGGAGGACGAGGUGGCCAACCUGCGCAAGAUCACGGACCUGUUCGACUUCUCCACGCGCUUCAUCACGCGCCGGCCAAGUGAGGCCCGGAGACCCGGCCGAGGCCCAGGCCUGAGCCCCAGCCUCCCAGCGACCGGAGCCCGCGGGUUUGGCCCCACCACCCAGGCCUGGAUCUCUCCCCAGUUCUGCGUCGUGUUUGGGCUUUUCCUCUGUGACUGGGCGGUCUUGGUGUCUCGUGGCAUGCGUCACAUUGGUGCUAGCCUGUUUUUAACAAAAGAGGAUGAAAGGCUUCUCUCCUGCCUCCUUGUGUCCGGGUGUGGCCUGCUGCUGGGCGCAUCGCAGCUCCACUCUGCUGCUCGGCCCAGCUCAGAACCCCAGCCCCACUGGGCACCCUCCAUCCGGAGGUAGAGACCCCAACCACGCUAGGCCUCACAGGAACGGCUUUAGGACGCAGCCCCCAGCAGCUGCAGUUCUGACUCUGCUCUAUUGCCCGAGGGCCUUUGCAUGGCUGUGCCUUCCCGAGAAGGCGCUGGGCCAGGGUGGUGGGGUUGAAGGAACCAGGAAGCCAGGCCCCUCUGGUCUGCUGUGCAGGGGGUCUGAGUAGAGACAGCCCUGUGGGGUCCCGAAGGGAGGUGGCUUGGUGUAGAGAGACGGGCCGGGGGACAUUUGGGGGUAGAUCCAGCUGCCAGGGUUGAGGGGUUUCGCCGGGUGCAGGGCCCAGCUCUCAGGGAGGGUUUUGGGGGUGGCUGGUCCCUGUGGGAACCCAGGGCUCCAGACCAGGCAGGAGGAGGGAGCCGGUGUGGGCGGGGCCUUGGAGUACAGGCUCCUCCCAGUGCCUCCCUCAGGUGCCUUGGGGCCCCUGCUGGCUUCCCCAGGGCCCAGCCAAAGCCGCCCAAACCCCACCCCAGGGCGGUUCUCUGGGCAAAAGGUGCCCUGGCCUCCCCAGGCAGAGGCGGCUUGUCCCACCCAGCAAAGGUGGCCACUGCAGCCUGGGACCACCAGAUGGGUCAGGGGCAGGUCUGGGCGUGGUGUCCCGAUCUGAGCCAGUCCCCAGAGGAGGUUGCCCCUGGCCACACCACGGGCGGUGCUUGUGGAUAUCAAGGGCUUGAGGGAGGCCGGGCCCCACCGCCCUGGGGAUGCUGCCAGCCAGUGCCUGGAGCCCAGCCCAGAAGCCCAGAACCUUCCAGAAAGCUGCCCCUGACUGACAGUCCUGCCUAACGAUCCAGAAAAUCCGUGUGAUUUAACGGGCGUGGUAAUGACUGCAGCUUGGAGCCAGCUGCCAGCGCUGAGUUCAUGCUUUUUGGCUAAUUUGUGUUCUUGGCCCCUCCACGGGGCUCUGAGCCCUCUCGGCUGGCGGCCUGGUCACACUGCGUCAGGGCAGCUGGGCCCUCUCCUGGUACUGACAUCCACCUUGGCUGCUCACAGCCCCGAGAGCCUCUCGAGGGUCCCUGCCCCCGGGGCGCACACCCUGCUUGUGCCUGUCCCGUCAUGAACCGCUCACCCUGCUGGCCUGCAAGGCUGGGUCCUGCCUGUGGGGAGCACGAAGGUUUGGGGUGAGGCAGCUGAGGGUCCCUUGGGGUUGGCUGAUCUCUCUGGGUCUGUACUGCUCCCCUGGGGCCAUUCCCACAGCCCCGCCCCCCCCUCACAACCACCUCCCAAAGCUCCCCCACCAGCACCAAUCAGGACCCCCAGCCACCAACUCGGGGUAUCCGCACAAUCCUGUGGCUGGUGCCAGGGCUGGGGUGAGGGUGUGCACAGCUGUAGAGGGAUGGUUGCCCGCGGCCCCCAGGGGCUGGACUUGGCCACAGCCGCUCCAAGAGCCCAAGGCGAGCCAGGUACGAACAUACAGGCCACUGCGCAGCUGCCUGCACCACACGGCCGUCCGCGGCUGGGGCUGAGGUCGGCUGCCCUCUCCGCAGGCUGCAGAACAGGGUUAGAGUUCACCGAGGGGCGGGGCCCGGCCACCCCACCCCCAUCGGAACCUAAAAUCACCUGGUAGCCUCAGAUGGGCGACACCUGGCUCGGUCGGACUCGACUCGAUGUUCUUGUGUCCAGAAAGGGGGCAUCCCCCAGCGGGCCUGCCGGGAGCCUCCGGGAGCUGGGCGGGAGCUCACGCCUCAGUCCCUGCGUUUCCCUCCAUGUUCCCCCUGCAUGCCGGGUCCUUGGACACAGGCCCCCUUGGUGCCUCCCCACACCCCCUCCUGCACCCUCAUCACUCUCGGUCCAGAGUGUCCAGACGUGCUCAGGCACCGAGGUUCCACCCUGCGUUAUAGUUGACAGGCUGGGUACAGUGGAAACAGUGGAGACGCCAUUUGUUCAGUCCCCCCUGGAGACCCCACAGAUUCUCAGAGGUACGGGUGCGGGGACUGGGGAGGCCAAGCUUUGACAAGAGGGGAUGCCGGUGUGCACAGGUGACCUGGCAGCUGGCGGGGCUUGACUCUGCAGAUCACAGCGAGGUGCACCUGCGCACCGCCGGGACAGCUGCCAGCAAAGCUGAGAGCAGAAAGCCUCGUGGGCAAGGAGGUGGAGAAGCCACAGCCCUCCCGUGCCCUGGUGCGGACGUGAAAUGGAGCAUCCACUGUGAAAAGAGUGUGAAAAGACCACGCCCGGCCUCUGUCAGGUUCUUAAAAAAUUAAACAGCAUUGUCUGGGCGCAGUGGCUCACACCUGUAA